GCGUCGCUUAUAUUCAUUUUGUUGUGAAAUUGGCGGACUUGAAAUCAGUUAAAAAUAAACAGGUAUAAAAUGAGCACAUGGGAUCCUGACUGCGAUGUUGAGUUGACUGAUUCUGAGGAUGACAUCGCAAUGAAACGCGACUUUCAUGGUCGCGAAGCGAUUCUUUUUGUUGUAGACGCCAAUCUGCAGAGUGAUCGGCUGAUGGAGGCACUUAAGUUAAUACGGGGAGCCUUUAUAUCGGGCAUGCUGGUGAACGACAAGGAUCUGAUGGGUCUCCUGUUUGCCAACACAAAGAACAGCCCUCCUCCCCAUGAGAUCCAAUGUCUGGACAAUAUUGUAGUGCCGGCAAACUGCGCCGUAUUCCUCCCGCUGCGACAGCUGACCAAGGACAUCGUAGAGCACUACUUGGAGUUUAUGGCCACGGCGGAGGAGAUGUUUGCCAGCGACUAUGGCGUGGCCGAGCCCGAUGGACGUGGCAGCUUUGCGUAUAUGAUUCGUCUGUGCAUUGAGCUGUUGGAGAAGUGUGGCAAGAAGCUAAACAAUGCCAAGAUUGUGUACCUGACGGACGUGGAAGAGCCGCAUCCACAGUCCAGCAAAGAGUUCCAAGCGGCGCUGCAAAAGGCCAGCGAUCUGGAAGGCAAGGAAUUUGAGUUCCAAGUCAUUCCCAUGGUGGAUGACUUUGACUACGAGCCCUUCUACAAGGAGUUCAUAACGCUGUCCAGAGCUAUUGAAAUUGAUGCAUUUCGUGUGCCGGACGCGCAGCUGCAGCGGGAUAUUCUGGAGGAUCGCAAACUAAGGCAGGACUUUCUGCGCCGUUGCCUGGGACAUUUCACUGUCUCGCUGGGCCCCAAUCUCACCAUGUCCGCGCAGUUCUACAAUUACUUUCAGCGUCGCACCUAUCCGCACAAAGUCCACAUACUGCGGCGGGACAACAGCGUGGUGCGCAAGAAGCGUAUGAUAAUGGUGCGCAAAGAGGACGGGGAGACGCAGCAGAUAACCCAUGAGUAUCAGAUUAAGAUGACGGGAGGAUGGUACGAGUGCAAGGUGGGUGAUCAGACGCUGCGGGUUACCACCGAUCAGUUGAAUCGCGUACGCAAUUUGCAUCCACCUGGCAUGAUGCUCCUGGGAUUCAAGCAUCGUUCCGCGCUGCCUGACAACAUUUAUAGCAAGCCGUGCAGUUUCAUGUAUCCAGAUGAUCAGAAUAUCAUUGGCUCGAAGCGUCUGUUCCGUGCGCUGUGGCAGCGCUGCCUGGAGCGUGAGAAGAUCGCCAUUUGCCUGUUCAUGUGCAAGCGCAAGUCCGUGCCACGUUAUGUGGCACUGGUGCCAGUGGAAGGUGCUCAACCAGACGACAAGAACUAUCGCUCUCUGUUAUCCGGCGAUGGCUUCAAGAUUGUCUACUUGCCGGAAGCCAGGGACAUUCGUCAUAUUGACUUGUGCGACUGGAACAAUAUUGAAAACACGUCCAAGGACGAGGGCGUCGAACUGUUUCAGAAGGUCAUCAAGAAACUAACUGUCGACUAUCAGCCAAAUCUGAUCAAUGAUCCUAAUCUUGAGGUGCUGCAAUCAAAUUUACUGGCACUCGCACUAAACAUAAAAUCCGACCAGGAGGAUCUCAGCCAGCUGCCAGAUCCUGCGGUGCAGGACAAACGCAUUGAACAGUUUAUCCCAACCUAUGAAAGCAUCUUUGGAGAUGAAGUGGAACCGGCUAAGAAGCGUGUUGCCAAAUCAACAGCUGAAGGCGCCAGCGCACCAAAAGUGCCUAAAAUCGAUGAGGAUCAGAUGAAGUCCUAUGACUUUGUGGAGCAAUUGAUCAAGGAUAACCGCCUCAACAUCUGUACUGUCGUGCAGCUCCGAUUCAUAUUGGAUGAACAUUUCGGUGAGAAGCCAGCUAAGUCUGUUACCAAAGCUGGGCUCAUUGAACGCAUCACAACGUUGAGCGAUGAAUCUAUUUAGGGGAAAAUUGUUAAAUAAUUCAAGUAUUAUUACUACAAUAAGAAACAAGUCUAUUCAUUGUUGAAAAGCCAAUAACCUGUGUUAAAAGUUCUAAAGAUAAUAAAAUGAGCCCGUGAUAUCUGUUUU